AUGUCGGCUGUCCAACUCCCACCAAGAAAAAUCCCAGAGUCGUUGCGAGAACAUUUGGACGAACUUGUCAAGCUUGAGGUCAUAGAACGAGUAGACUAUCCAACAGACUGGGUCAGCGCAAUUGUUGUUGCACCAAAACCCAAUGGCAAAAUUAGAUUAUGCCUCGAUCCCAGACCACUCAAUAAAGCGCUGAAACGAUGCCACCAUCCAAUACCGACAAUUGACGACGUACUUCCAGAACUGUCCAAUGCAAAAGUCUUUACCAAAGUCGACUGUAGCAACGGAUAUUGGCAAGUAGAAUUAGACAAAGAAUCGUCUCUUUUAACGACGUUCAACACUCCAUUUGGACGAUUUAAAUGGCAACGGAUGCCUUUCGGGAUCUCCCCUGCAGGAGAGAUUUUCCAGCAACGACUAGACCAAGCAAUUGAGGACUUGGAUGGUGUACGGACUGUUGCUGAUGACAUUUUAGUAAUAGGAAAUGGAGAGACGAUGCAGGAAGCUGUAGCCGACCAUGACAGAAAGCUCAAGGAACUAUUCGACCGCUGCAGAGCUAAACAUAUCAAGCUUAACCCAAACAAGAUUGAGUUGAAGAAGACCUCAAUGCCAUACAUUGGCCACAUUCUUACAUCUGACGGUGUCCAAGCGGAUCCUGCUAAAGUACAAGCCAUACUAGAAAUGAAGCAACCCACAGACGUGGCUGGAGUCAGGAGAAUCCUCGGAACA